AUGCACCCCUUGCGUCAGAUAAAGCACAUGCUAGCAUCCAACCAUCAUUGCCCAAGAUUCAAGAUGAUGGCUUAUGGUGACGCAAAGUACCCCUAUCGGUUUUGUCGAAAUUGUCUCAAUGACAAGUUUGACCAGGGUCGUGCAGCACAAGAGCUGGAGCAGAUUGGUAAUGAUGGAUGCCCUCUGUUCUUUAUGGAGGUUGGAGACGAACAAGCCCAUCCCAAGAUCUAA